AGGAGCUGCAGCUGUCGCCGCCCGCGCCUCCGAGGUCUCUCGGCUUCCUCCAGCAGGGACCUGGGCUCGGCCGCCAUGUCCGCCGCGGACGAGGUUGACGGGCAGGGCGUGGCCCGGCCGCACUAUGGCUCUGUCCUGGAUAAUGAGAGACUCACUGCGGAGGAGAUGGAUGAGAGGAGACGUCAGAAUGUGGCCUAUGAGUACCUCUGUCAUUUGGAGGAAGCCAAGAGGUGGAUGGAAGCAUGCCUGGGGGAAGAUCUUCCCCCCACCACGGAGCUGGAGGAGGGGCUGAGGAACGGGGUCUACCUGGCCAAGCUGGGGAACUUCUUCUCUCCCAAAGUGGUGUCCCUGAAAAAAAUCUAUGAUCGAGAGCAGACCAGAUACAAGGCGACUGGUCUCCACUUCAGACACACCGAUAACGUGAUUCAGUGGCUGAACGCCAUGGGGGAGAUCGGAUUGCCCAAGAUUUUUUACCCAGAAACCACAGAUAUCUAUGAUCGAAAGAACAUGCCAAGAUGUAUCUACUGUAUCCACGCUCUCAGCUUGUACCUGUUCAAGCUUGGCCUGGCCCCACAGAUCCAGGACCUAUACGGAAAGGUGGACUUCACAGAAGAAGAAAUCAACAACAUGAAGAUUGAGCUGGAGAAGUAUGGGAUCCAGAUGCCUGCCUUCAGCAAGAUCGGGGGCAUCCUGGCCAAUGAGCUCUCCGUGGAUGAAGCUGCACUGCAUGCUGCUGUUAUUGCCAUUAAUGAAGCGAUCGACCGUAGAAUUCCAGCCGACACGUUUACAGCUUUGAAAAAUCCUAAUGCCAUGCUUGUAAAUCUGGAAGAGCCCCUGGCUUCCACUUACCAGGAUAUACUCUACCAGGCCAAGCAGGACAAAAUGGCAAAUGCUAAAAACAGGACAGAGAACUCGGAGCGAGAGAGAGACGUCUAUGAGGAGCUGCUCACUCAGGCUGAGAUUCAAGGCAACAUAAACAGAGUUAACACACUUUCUGCGUUAGCAAAUGUCGACCUGGCUUUGGAGCAGGAGGACGCUGCGGCCCUGGGUAGGGCUCUGCAGGCACCAGCCCUGGGCCUGCGGGGUCUGCAGCAGCAGAACAGUGACUGGUACCUCAAGCAGCUGCUGAGUGACAGGCAGCACAAGAGACAGAGUGGUCAAGCCGAUCCCCUGCAGAAAGAGGAGCUGCAGGCCGGAGUGGAUGCCGCAAACGGGGCUGCGCAGCAGUAUCAGAGACGAUUGGCCGCAGUGGCCGCCAUUAACACCGCAAUCCAGAAGGGUGUUGCAGAGAAGACUGUCUUGGAGCUGAUGAACCCUGAAGCCCAGCUGCCCCAGGUGUACCCCUUCGCUGCCGACCUGUAUCAGAAGGAGCUGGCCACCCUACAACAGCAGAGUCCAGAGCAUAGCCUCACCCACCCUGAGCUCGCAGUGGCUGUGGAGAUGUUGUCCUCGGUGGCCCUCAUCAACAGGGCGCUGGAGUCGGGUGACAUGAACACCGUGUGGAAGCAGUUGAGCAGUUCUGUGACGGGCCUUACCAACAUUGAGGAAGAAAACUGCCAGAGGUAUCUUGAUGAGUUGAUGAAGCUGAAAGCUCAGGCCCGGGCAGAAAACAAUGAAUUUAUUACGUGGAAUGACAUCCAGGCGUGUGUGGACCAAGUGAACCUGGUGGUGCAAGAGGAGCACGAGAGGAUUUUAGCCAUUGGCUUAAUUAACGAGGCCCUGGAUGAAGGUGAUGCCCAGAAGACACUGCAAGCCCUGCAGAUUCCUGCAGCGAAGCUGGAGGGCGUGCUGGCGCACGUGGCCCAGCACUACCAGGACACUCUCAUCAGAGCCAAGAGGGAGAAGGCCCAGGAAACCCAGGACGAGUCAGCUGUGCUGUGGUUGGAUGAAAUUCAAGGUGGCAUCUGGCAGUCCAAUAAAGACACCCAGGAAGCCCAGAGGUUUGCCUUAGGAAUCUUUGCCAUUAAUGAGGCCGUGGAGAGUGGUGAUGUCAGCAGGACACUGAGCGCCCUGCGGUCCCCUGAUGUGGGCCUCUAUGGAGUCAUCCCUGAGUGCGGCGAGACUUACCAGAGUGACCUUGCUGAAGCCAAGAAGAAAAAGCUGGCAGCAGGAGAUAACAACAGCAAGUGGGUGAAGCACUGGGUAAAAGGUGGGUAUUACUAUUACCACAACCUGGAGACCCAGCAGGGCGGAUGGGACGAGCCCCCAGAUUUCGUGCAGAAUUCAAUGCAGCUCUCUCGGGAGGAGAUCCAGAGUUCCAUCUCCGGGGUGACCGCCGCAUAUAACCGCGAGCAGCUGUGGCUCGCCAACGAGGGCCUCAUCACCAAGCUGCAGGCAUGCUGCCGUGGGUACUUAGUGCGGCAGGAAUUCCAGUCCAGGAUGAACUUCCUAAAGAAGCAGAUCCCUGCCAUCACCUGCAUCCAGUCGCAGUGGAGAGGGUACAAGCAGAAGAAGGCAUACCAGGACCGGUUGGCCUACCUACGCUCCCACCGAGAUGAAGUGGUGAAGAUCCAGUCCCUGGCCAGGAUGCACCAAGCUAGAAAGCGCUACAGAGAUCGCCUCCAAUAUUUCCGAGACCACAUAAAUGACAUCAUCAAAAUCCAGGCUUUUAUCCGUGCCAACAAAGCUCGUGACGACUACAAGACGCUCAUCAACGCCGAGGAUCCACCUAUGAUUGUGGUACGGAAAUUCGUGCACUUGCUGGACCAGAGUGACCAGGAUUUCCAGGAGGAGCUGGACCUCAUGAAGAUGCGGGAGGAGGUGAUCACCCUCAUCCGUUCCAACCAGCAGCUGGAGAAUGACCUCAACCUCAUGGAUAUCAAGAUCGGACUGCUGGUGAAAAAUAAGAUCACCCUGCAGGAUGUGGUUUCCCACAGUAAAAAACUUACCAAAAAAAACAAGGAACAAUUGUCUGACAUGAUGAUGCUCAACAAGCAGAAGGGCGGCCUCAAGGCUUUGAGCAAGGAGAAGCGGGAGAAGCUGGAGGCCUAUCAGCACCUGUUUUAUUUAUUGCAGACCAAUCCCACCUAUCUGGCCAAGCUGAUUUUUCAAAUGCCCCAGAACAAGUCCACCAAGUUCAUGGACUCCGUUAUCUUCACACUCUACAACUACGCGUCCAACCAGAGAGAGGAGUACCUGCUGCUGCGGCUCUUCAAAACGGCACUCCAGGAGGAGAUCAAGUCAAAGGUGGAUCAGAUCCAAGAGAUUGUGACCGGCAACCCCACGGUUAUUAAGAUGGUUGUGAGUUUCAACCGUGGUGCCCGGGGCCAGAAUGCCCUGAGACAGAUCUUGGCCCCCGUAGUGAAGGAGAUCAUGGACGACAAGUCGCUGAACAUCAAGACCGACCCCGUGGACAUUUACAAAUCGUGGGUCAAUCAAAUGGAGUCUCAGACAGGAGAGGCAAGCAAACUGCCCUAUGACGUGACCCCCGAGCAGGCCCUGGCUCAUGAGGAAGUCAAGACCCGCCUGGACAACUCUAUCAGGAACAUGCGGGCUGUGACAGACAAGUUCCUGUCAGCUAUCAUCAGCUCCGUGGACAAAAUCCCGUAUGGGAUGCGCUUCAUUGCAAAAGUGCUAAAGGACUCGUUGCAUGAGAAGUUUCCAGAUGCUGGUGAGGAUGAGCUGUUGAAGAUCAUCGGUAACCUGCUUUACUACCGGUACAUGAACCCCGCCAUCGUGGCUCCCGAUGCCUUUGACAUCAUCGACCUGUCGGCGGGGGGCCAGCUGACCACGGACCAGCGCCGCAACCUGGGCUCCAUUGCCAAGAUGCUGCAGCACGCCGCCUCCAACAAGAUGUUCCUGGGUGAUAACGCGCACCUCAGCGUCAUUAACGAGUACCUCUCCCAGUCCUACCAGAAAUUCAGACGAUUUUUCCAGACUGCUUGCGACGUCCCCGAGCUGCAGGACAAGUUUAAUGUGGAUGAGUACUCCGACUUGGUCACACUCACCAAACCGGUUAUCUACAUUUCCAUCGGUGAAAUCAUCAACACCCACACCCUUCUGUUAGAUCACCAGGAUGCCAUCGCCCCAGAGCACAACGACCCCAUCCACGAACUGCUGGACGACCUCGGCGAGGUGCCCACCAUCGAGUCCCUCAUAGGGGAAAGCUCUGGUAAUGUCACUGACCCAAAUAAAGAAGCACUGGCUAAGACAGAGGUCUCCCUCACCCUCACCAACAAGUUUGAUGUACCUGGGGAUGAGAACGCCGAAAUGGACGCGAGGACCAUCCUGCUAAACACCAAACGUUUGAUUGUGGAUGUCAUCCGCUUCCAGCCAGGGGAGACCUUGACUGAGAUCCUGGAAACCUCGGCCACCAGCGAGCAGGAAGCAGAGCAUCAGCGGGCCAUGCAGAGGCGUGCCAUCCGUGAUGCCAAGACCCCCGACAAGAUGAAGAAGUCCAAGUCCGUGCAGGAAGACAGCAGCCUCACAUUGCAGGAGAAGAAGGAGAAGAUCCAGACGGGCUUGAAGAAGCUCACCGAGCUCGGGACCGUGGACCCAAAGAAUAAAUACCAGGAGCUGAUCAAUGACAUCGCCAGGGACAUUCGGAAUCAGCGGAGAUACAGGCAGAGGAGGAAGGCCGAGCUGGUCAAGUUGCAGCAGACAUACACUGCCCUGAACUCCAAGGCCACCUUCUACGGGGAGCAGGUGGAUUACUACAAAAGCUAUAUCAAAACUUGCUUGGAUAACUUAGCCAGCAAGGGCAAGGUCUCCAAAAAGCCGCGGGAGAUGAAAGGAAAGAAAAGCAAGAAGAUUUCUCUGAAGUACACGGCUGCAAGACUGCACGAGAAGGGCGUCCUCCUGGAGAUCGAGGACCUGCAAGUGAGCCAGUUUAAAAAUGUUAUCUUUGAAAUCAGCCCAACUGAAGAAGUUGGAGACUUUGAAGUGAAAGCCAAAUUUAUGGGAGUGCAAAUGGAGACUUUCAUGUUACAUUACCAGGACCUGCUGCAGCUACAGUAUGAAGGGGUGGCAGUCAUGAAGCUGUUUGACAGAGCUAAGGUCAAUGUCAACCUCCUCAUCUUCCUGCUCAACAAGAAGUUCUAUGGGAAGUGACAGGAUGCUGUGCCACUGGCCGGGAUGCAUGGAGUGAAAAUGUCAAGGCUGGCCAGGGCCCUUGCAGCCCACAGCCGUCCUCAACCUCCGACGUCACAGGCCUGCGCUUCUAACCCCUCCUGCUGUCCUGGGACAUCCCCCUCCCAUCCAAAUCGAAGCUGUAUCUCGGGCCUUGCCUGGCCCUUCUGGUGCCUUUAGUCUUCUUCCCAUCGCUUAUGACAGAAUGGCAGGGUCCUAGAUUCUCUCUGCUCUCAUGGUUCUUACAGAUGCUGGCCUGGGCUGUGAGCUUCUGGGUUCAAGUAGCAGUAAGUCAGAUGAAUGAGAUUCAGGCUCUUGCUAGCAGCGUGGAAGCCACAGGCACCAGUCCGGGGCCUCCGUCUGGUAGGCACGGUCAGCCAGCCAGGUUGCCAGCACCAGGCCAGCGCUGCUAACCAAAAACACUCCCUUUUGUAUUUGUGUCCCUUCAGUAGAGUGCAUGGAACCAGUGUUCACCAGCUCACCCCCUUUUGGGUGUCCUUGUGGCAUUUUCAGAUACAAAGAAGAUUGUGUUUUUAUUUUUUUUUUACUUAAUUUUUGCACCAUGUAAUUGGAGCCUUUCUGUUGGUGUGACAUACUCCCCCACAGAUACAAAAUCCAGUUGAUGACACUCCAUUGGCUGGGAGAGUUCAGAAGGGGCAGUCCAUGCUCCAACGCCUACACAUGCCCAGGAGGUGGCCAUUCCUGUCCCUGUGGCUACCAGUCAGGACUGUGUCUGAAGCUUGUCCUUUCAGAGUGCCUUAUUAUUUCUUACAGAGGGUGAUGGGGAUUUCAGGUUUCUGUAACGCUAUGAGGAGCCUGCCUUGGGACAGGACAUUGUCGGUGUAUCUAGGCUCCCAGAACUUUCUCGCAACUGCGACACUAGGAUGCAGGGGGAAUCCCACCAGAAGUGGUCUGGAACGAGGACCAGCAGGUCCUGCCCACCCCUGCCUUCUACUUCCUUCGCUCACCUCUGCUGCCCACACCACACCUUUCUUUGAUGAGUCUCCCAAUUGCUGGGAUUAGUCCAGCAUAGUUCAGUUCUAAACACUGAAUGAAGGAAGCAUUUGUUCUGGGGUAAAAAGUCGCAUAUUUAAAAAAAAAAAUUAUAGUCUGCACAGGGAGGAAGACCCCGACGUCACGCUCCUGAGCUGGCAUUCGCUCAGCCAUCUCAGCUCUGUACUCAGCCAGCUUCAAACCUAAAACCUAGGAAAGGACUCCCUGUGUUUGUGGAAAGCCAGAAACCUGUCAUUCAUUCAUAACAGGUGACACGGCGGGGAGCCCAGCCGGGGGUUGCUGUCCCCCGCCAGGCCCUGACGGCUGAGGCAGAUCCCACCCUGAACCCUGCGGAGCUGUGGCAUGGAGACUGGCACUGUCACUGCCUUUAUUUAUUAGCUGUUGCCUGCCUUCCCCAGCCCCAGCUCUCCCCUCCUCUGACUACUCUGCCUGGCUAUCAUGACAUUUACCACAAAUUCACUUCCUCCCCAUAUUUUGGACUGCCCAUCUGAUUGUUGCACCACACAAUCGCCUUUGUAUCUGUACUAAAUAAAAGGUCAUUUGUU